AUGACUAUGUUUCCAAUUGAGCUUCCUCUCAGCGAUGCUCCCCCGGAUCGCGGGCCCAUCUCGGGUUCCCCACCCACCGACAUCUACCAGCUGUUCGUGGCCGUCUACCACCGCGGCGAGCUGUCUCUUGGCGACUACCGAAAGCGUCUCGGCUUCUCCGCCUACCACUGGGCCAUCCUCGUCCUGGACUCGAACACCGAACGCUACCACGCCUACGACGUGACUGACGGAUCCUCGCCUGACCCAGUGAUGCGACGCGACCUCAAUCCCGACUUCCAAUGGACCUACCGAGUCAAGACCAAUGUCCACCCGGAGUCGUGUGACUCCCUUCUCGUCAGAAUGGCAAUCGGAGAAGUUGACGACGGAAUCGGCCCGGAUACCAUCAAGCUCCUCCUCCAGUCUGUUCAGCUGCCGAUUAAGGGUGCUUAUCCUCCCCAAAACUGUGUCAACUGGAUCAGGGCUGUUCUGCACAAGCUUCGCUUACAUGGCUACACCCAUAACCUGCACGACAUUGAGAUGACUAUUGAUCGUGCUCUUGCUUAUGCUGAUCUUCGUAUGAUGGACCCUGACCAUUCUGUUGCUGUUCUUGAUCACCUUGGCAACGAACUGUUUUACAGGCCAUAUGUGAGGUGA